AUGGCACUUCCGGAUCGUAUGAGGGUGGUGCCUAUCAGACGUCCUGCUACAUUCAAGUCUCAAGAAACUGUGGACCGAUAUAAAGAAAACCGCCAUCUUUAUGCCAAAAUUGCUCUGAAUGCGGAAGAACUUUGCACCCAAGAGCUCCAAGACCGAGACAUCUCCCAUACGAUAUGGCAUGGGACUAUGGAGCCCGACCAGCUUCAUUCUAUUCUUCAAGCUUCAAGCCAUGAAACCGAUGCUACGACUCCGCGUCAUCCGCUGCGCUAUGUUCAGAAUCUGAUAAUCGUCAAUAUAUCUCUUCCGAGAAAGGUCGAACUCGAAGACUACGAUAUCGAGAGAAUCCACACGUUCUUUCAAGUUAAAAAAUCUUUUGAAAGCAUCAUACAAGUGCCACCACCACAGUGCCAAACGGAAGACGAGAUUUCUUCCAAAAAUGACUGGUACCGUGCAGUAUUCUGCCGAGCAACACUUAAACAAGAAAGUAUAGCUCGAUUGGGGAAACCCGACGGUCUGCUGAGUUGGAUCGAUAUCCGAGUGCGAAGCUACAGAGAGGACCCUUUCACGACGCCUGAUGAUGUUAACAAGUUUCUCUGCGAAUGGCUCCAAGAGCAUCAGAGACUCCGCACCGGAAACAGGUGGCCCUCGCUGGAAGUAGGGCCAAGUUGGCUCCUCCUAAGGUUUUUGACUUUGCUUAAUCAGAACAGUCCCUACUACCUCGAUAAGCUGCUUUGCGAUCUUAUGUAUCAGCCUGAGGCGGACAAAAAGGCAGAAAAAGCAGCAAGAACUUACUCCAGGGAUUUCAGCAUUGUCAUCUAUCUAAUAGAUAAUUGGUUUCUUGUACGAAAAGAGCGUCAGCAAAAUCAAUCGCAUUCUUGGAACGAAACACUCCCAAACAAAAUCCGGAGAAUGCAGGCUACUUUGGCGUGCAUGUACCAUCUAUUCUAUCAUUGGCCUUUGGACCUUGCUGCGCCCGUGAACAUGCGGCCUCUUUGCGUCGGGGCAAAAUUACUUUCCCAAGACGAGUUCGAUAACAGUAUCCAACUGGAAAACUUGCAAAUAGAGGAAAGCCAUCGCAAAGUCAUUGAGGACCUCUGGACAUGGUUCACAGGCCCCAAAAUAAUACGACAGGUGCUAUUGGCCUUUGAAUUGUCUCAAUAUGAGACCAUUACAGCGGACGAGACUCUUUGGUCCCAGUCUCUGAAACAGAUAGCCUUCAGUUUGCGACUAUUGUGGCCUUUCCCCGGAGAGGAAACUCCCUGA